AUGGUUCGCACGAUCAGUUGUACCCUCUUUGGCUUCUCGGUCAGGCGACUGUCCUGUCGAAAGCCGAUCAAAAGUUACGUUGAAACAGGACCAGUGUACAAGCCGAAGUACGUCAUCACCAGCCCAAAAUAUCCGAGCAACUACCCAAACAGUCAGGACUGUGUCUACGUUUUGAAGGGUAGUCAGUUCGCCAAGUGUGAGCAGGAGUUUCACCUUCAGUUUCUCGACUUCCAGCUCGAGGCUUCGACAGGGUGCGUUAAGGACUACCUCAAAAUCGGCAACGGGACUAUCUACUGUGGCAACAGCAUCGGGACUCGGAAAUUUCGGGGGCAGGACAACAGUCUGAAGAUCAUUUUCCACUCUGGAAACGGAACGAGAGCCAAAGGGUUCAGGAUUCUGGUAACAGCCUUACCUUGUGGUGAUUCUCAGCUGGAUCCACUGACCAAGGUAUCCUCGACCACGAAGGCCGCAAUCCUUGGCAACAGUGCGAAGACUUCAUACCCGGUAUAUCACCCUGAGAUCGAGUUCGACGAAGAAGAUGAGGCCCCGAAGGAUGUAGGGAGAGGGGACCAGCCCUCGCCACGCAUUCACACCACCGCGUCUCCGACGAAAACCUCUUCAACACCAUCCAACGUCCCCGACGGGGUGAAGAGUCCUGCGGAACGCCUUGAGCUUCCGGAGUUUGAGCAGCAUGAUUUCUGCGAUAAAAACUGCGGCCAUGUGCAUGAGGCAGACGUCAGUUUUCUGCAUUCGGAACCCCCCCGUGUCACGUCUUACCUCUAUCUACCACCAGCCAGUAUCACCAGGCCGCUCAAAGUCACGGGAACAAAUUCUCCCCCGAAACUUUCGUCGGAAUCAGUUCCCGGUGGAAUAGUGAUCAGGAAUUUCGAGGAGCCAACCACUCCACCUUCUCAAUUAUCCGUUGAGGCCAUCGAACUUUCGAAGGAUUUCCUCGUUCCAACCCAAAAAAUUCCACUUCCGUUUACCAGGAUUGGACUCAGGCCCGAAAAGGGUACUCAGUCCUCGCUGAGUGGUCAGAGUACUUCUCAGGCUUAUGAAACGUUCAACAGAUGGCUGACAUACGGGGUUCCCGAUUCACUGUCUCCCGUGAAUCCCUCGGUUCCAACCACCAGCUUCGACCCCUUCGCAAAUGGCAACAACAACAACAACAACAAUAAUGAUCCAGGGAUCAACUACAAUCCGACUCUAGGGACAAAUUGCGGGGAUGGUCGUAAUCCGAGUUUUGGAACGGGGAAUGGAAACUUCGUUCCACCAGGGUCGACCGGGUUCAAUAACAACCCUGGGGUCAACUGCAUCUCUACGACUACGAACUGCGGAGGAAGUUCUAUUCCGAAUUUCGGAACAGGGAACGGGAACUUCGUACCGACAGGAUCCAAUGGAUUUAGAAAUAUUCCCAACUAUUACCCGAGUAACGGCGGGAACGGAAGACCAAAUUUUUACCCUGUCACGCCUUAUCCGGCCCCUUCUUACCCCGGAACAAACCUCCAACCCUAUCACCCGUCAGGCACGAAUUUCGGAAACGACAACGGAUAUCCGGACGCAGGAGAUGAGUUUGACUUUGGGGUUAAUAACAACAACAACGGUAAUUAUCCAAGCAAGACUCCUACGAACGGUUAUUACUAUCCCAAUGGAAAUGGGAACGGAAACGGCAAUCCGUAUUACGGAACUGACGACACGACCUACUUCAACAAUGGUUUGUCCGAGUGUUGCGGCUCGGUGUACUCCUCGGCGAAUUUCCUCCUGGCCAAUCCCGGAUUCCCGAGUUUGAUAUACUCCUCUAACAGUUACGAGUGUCAGUACACGAUUCAAAGAGCCACGCAGAGCACUUGCCAGCUUCGGAUGUACUUCAAGUUCUUCAACUUUGGUUCUGACGACCAAUUCUGCGCUUACGGAUACGUUCAAGUAGACGGGCGCAGGCUCUGCGGGUGCAAGACUGGCCUCAACGUCACUACUUCCUUCGACAACAUCGCGACGAAAGUGAUCACCGUCAAGUAUCUUGGUUAUCCGAAAGUCAAGUUCAGCGGAUUCGUGAUAGAAGUUACCCAGGAGUCUUGCUUGACCAACUACUUUAGGACGAGAAGUGAUUCUGCUGGGCAGGAAUUUCUCCCUAACACCAACCAGCCAGUCUUCAUAAGAAAUUAUCAAAGAAACUACAAGCGCAGCGCAAACCUCGACGGCGAAGCUGAACGACCCUCGGACCCUGAUAAGGACUCCGAAGAGUUGCGGGAAAAACGGGACUUGGGUCACUCCUUCGAGAAGACCAACUCCGCGGCCUUAAUGACCAGUCAAAAUCUGUUUUUUGGGACCUGCCAAGUGUUCAAGUUCGUAAACUGGGUCAAGGCUGCAAAGCAGGUAUACUUGAGGAGCGCACAGUGCUCGAGCGGCUCUACCAACACCGGAACUUCGUCGACGAUAUCGGUAAUACCGAUUUUCCCGGAGAACGGAAAUUCUGCCAUCAUCAAUUUCCCCUCCUCGGCCAAUUGCGAGACGGUCAACGUCGUCGAAGGGAUCAUAUCUUCGUCCCAUUACCCGAACAGCUACUCAAACAAUCUUAAUCAGUGUUACAGGUUCUUUAAGGCGCCCGGCUAUUGUCAGCUGGAAUUAGCGAUCCUGGAUUUCGAUCUGGAAAACAGUACGUUGUGCAGAAAGGAUUACGUAACGUUCAGCGGUCAGAAAAAGCGAUACUGUGGAACGUCGCUGGCAGGAAGUCGAACGAUCUUUGACUUGACUCAAUCCAGUUUUGCAGACUUGUAUUUUGUGACCGAUUCUUCAGGGACUGGGAGAGGAUUUCGGGCUGGAUUUACGCAAAUAUCCUGUUGAGAUUGGACAAGCUUGGUUUGCCAGUGAGCCUAUAAUUAGUAGCAUAAUUCACAUUAACAUUAUGUACGAGCAAAUUAUCCAUGACGUAGUUUGUCGAAUAAAAUAUUAUC